GAAGGCCCAUCGUUUCCAGUUCUCUAGUCGCCGUCGCAGACGCGAUGGACACCGCCACCGCGCAAUGCCCCGCCGCUCCAAAACCCCAAAACCCUCCUCCAUCUAUGCCGCCGCCGCCGGCGAUGAUGACGGUGGCGGAGCUGGAGGCCGCCGUCGCCGCGCUCCCCGGCAAGAGGGACGCCCUGCGGGAGGCCUUCGACCGCCUCGCGGCCUGCUCCCCCUCGCCGCUCCCCUUCGCCUGGGAGGACAUCGACGCCCACCUCUCCUCGCUCCACUGGUCAAUCUCGCUGCGGUUUCGCCAGGUGCGGGCGCUCGAGGCCGCCCGCCCUGCACUCGCUGCUGCCGCGCCGGGGGGAACUAACGGCGACGGGACGGGAGAAAGCCUGGAGGGGGAAGAGGUGCUGGAAGUGGAGGAGGAGGUUGUGGAAGAAGAUGAAGAGGUGGUGGAAGUGGAGGAGGUCGUGGAAGAAGAGGAAGAGGUGCUGGAAGCGGAGGAGAGGGUGGUGGAACAAGAAGAGGAGGAGAUGGCCAAUGAAGAGAUGCAGGAAGGUGACAGCGGCGAGGCAGAUGAUAUGAUUGGCAAGGAUGGGAAGGACGAGAAGGAGGGCAGAGAUGAGGUGAUGGAGGAAGAUGAAGUUGUAGAGGCAGCUAAUGACAAGAUUGGCAAUGAGAUAAAGGAUGACAAGGAUGCAAGGGAGGAGAUGCAGGUGGCCAAUGAGGAGGAGCAGAGUACCGAAGAUGGCAAGAAGGCCUCUCGGGACGGGGAGGAUGCCAACAUGAAGGAGGAGCAGAGUACCAAAAACGCCAAGAAAGCCUCUCAGAACAAGGAGGAGGAGCAGAGUAUGGAAGAUGCUAAGAAAGCCUCUCUGGACAAGGAGGAGGAUGGUGACAUGGAUGAGGCAGCGACCAACAAGGCAUCUGCAGUGCAGGGCAAGGAGCAAGAGGCUUGCAAUGAGAAGCAGGUGGAAGAAGAAGACGAGCAGGAGGCUCACAAGGAGGAGCAAGAUGCCAAAAAUACUACAAAGGAGGAGAAGGCCAAGAAGGUGUCUCAGGACCAGGGUAGUGGAGCUCGUCCAGGUCCAAUUGAAUUUAGUGAUCUUGCUGCAGCAGUCACAAGCAUGGAUGCACAGAGGUUGGUCAUGCUCAUACAUACCAAUGUCGGGCUUAGCUCAAAGUUCCGUGCUGCAAUGAGUCAUGCCCCGGAUGGUGCAGCACUGUCUCUCCGCAUAGUUGAGUUAUUCCUACACGACAAGACGUCUAAGACCAACAAGGUCUGGAACAACUGUGUUGGGCUGAUUCGAACAGUACCUGAAGUUGUUACCAAGCUUUCUACAGAAUCCAUUGAGCACGCGAAGCAGCUGGCUAAGGAUUGGAAGGAGAUGAUUGACAAUCCGGGGAGUUGGACUGCCCUGGGCAGCCUGUCCUCAUGGGGCCUCCUCAACUUCCUCGUCUCAUAUAACAUUGUAUCAGAGUUUGACACAAAGGAGAUCUUCCGUAUCUUUGGUACCAUCCCACACAAACAGCAGAGGAAGAACCAUUUCGUGCUUCUUAAGGGUCUUGGACUCGCCGAUAGGAUCCCAGAGUUAAUGGACUAUUUGAUUGGAAAUGGGCAACAGAUGAAUGCUUUAUAUUUGGCACCUUUUUUUAAUUUGGUGGACAAAUAUCCUCCACUCUGUCUUCUGAAGGGAUAUGUUGAAAAGGCAAAACAGACUGUUAUGGAAAUAUCUCAAAAGAGUAUGACACGCCAAUCCCUGAGAAAGGUUAUAAUAAAGGAGCUUGAUAAUCUAAGAAUGGCGCAUGAUCUAGCUAAGCAACGUAUCACUGAUUCUGGCCUACGCACCGGUAUCAUGGCGGAAAUCCACGUUUUGCUUGGUGAAUUUGGAAAAAAGAAGCGGAGUUUAGCAGAUGCCUCUACUGCAUUAACUUCAAAUCCACAGCAGCAGAAAACGGAGAGCAGCAAGAAGCGCAAGAAAGAGCAGGUGCAGGAUCAUCACAAGGGACAAGAAAACCAGCAGGAAAGGCAACAGAGUAAGCCAGGAGAGAAGCUGGAGAAGAAACAAAAGAAGCCGCAACAGGAGCAGCAGCAGAAGGAACAAAACAAGCCACAAAAGGAGCAGCAGCAGAAACAAGAAGAUAAGUUGCAGGAGAAGCAACAGAAAUGGCCGAGGCGACGUAUUCCCAAGCUACCAGCACUGGCUUCUCCCGCGGCGCAGACCGCGCUGCUGAGAGGCCACUCUGGGCAUCCACCAUACGCUGCAAUGCAUCGAGUCCAUCAUGCUUACCCUGCCCAGCCAGGCUGGCCUGGGGUUCAUUGCGCACCGCCUUUCGCGCCACAGAUUGGAGCACCUGAGUACAUAGGACCUUUUGAUCCCAUCUACCAUCGUCCAGAGUUCCAUCCCUGGUAGCUGCAGCUGCUGCAUUGGGGGGUUGCUCGGAUUGGUUUAGGCGUAGGAGUUCAGUUCAGAGAAGUAGCCUGGCAUUUUGGUUGGUUUCUUUGCUACUGGAGUAGUGUUUCUUCUAACCUCCAAGUACUGUACUGUACCGCGGUGGUCUUGGGUGACAUGUAUAUAUUCGUCUGUGGGUCACUCACUGUCUUGAUGGACUUUUGUGUUCUUCUGAAACAUCCGUACUCCAAAAGACCAAAACUCUUGUUAUUCUAAGUGUACCUGGGAAAAAAAUAAGAAAGGAAGACUCAUGUAA